GCUGAGCCCCGGACUUCCGGUUUAAAGCUCGACUGUUGACUGGUGGAAAGGAAUGAGGUCCUCGGAAAAUAACACAACCACCCAAUGAAACCGGAAUAAAAGUUCACUCAAAAUGAGCUGGAUUCCCUUCAAGAUUGGACAACCAAAGAAGCAGAUUGUCUCUAAAACCGUGGAAAGAGACUUUGAGCGAGAAUAUGACAAGCUUCAAAAGCUGGAGGAUCAGACGAAAAAGCUUCACAAGGACAUGAAGAAAAGCACCGAGGCUGAUUUAGCCAUGUCCAAAGCAGCUGUGAAGAUUUCUGCAGACCUGCUGAGUAACCCGCUGUGUGAGCAGGACCAGGCCUUCCUGGAGUCCAUGACCGCUUUAGAUACAUCCAUGAGAAGGAUGGACUCCUUCAACCAGGAGAAGGUCAACCAGAUACAGAAAACUGUCAUCGACCCUCUGAAAAAGUACAGCGGCGUCUUCCCCAGCCUCAACAUGGCAGUGAAACGCCGGGAACAGGCACUGCAGGACUACAAACGGUUGCAAUCCAAAGCGGAGAAGUAUGAAGAGAAAGAAAAAACCGGGCCCGUAAUGGUGAAACUACAUCAGGCCAGAGAGGAGCUCCGACCGGUCCGGGAGGACUUCGAGGCCAAGAACAAGCAGUUGCUGGACGAGAUGCCCAAGUUCUACCACAGCCGCAUCGACUACUUCCAGCCCAGCUUUGAGGCUCUCAUCAGGGCGCAGGUUGUCUAUUUCACCGAAAUGUACAAGAUCUUCAGCGAGUUGACAGACCAGAUCGACCAGGCAGGGCUGACUGACGAGCAGAGGGAGAGGGAGACCGAGGCCAAGCUCAGCGAGUUGCGUGCUCUGUCCAUUGUCGCCGAUGACUGAGGGAGAGAGGCCAAAAAAUGGGGAACGGGUUCCUUUUAAAUGCCUCUCUGAAUGGAUUGCACUCUUUUCCGGCUCCUUGGCACACUUCAAGGGGACAGCAAUGGCCUUAACCCGAUCGUCAGAUUGUUUCCUUGCGGCCCCGUCUCCCCCCCCAUUCCUCUUGCACUACACUCCCAUGCUUCUCUCUCUCCACAGAGACUCUGCGAAUCAAACUGCUACAGCUGAAAUGCCACAUUAACUAAGCCAUCAGCCAUGUGCAACAUUAUAAGCCAAUAUGUCUUUUUUUUUUCUUUUUUCUAAGGGAAGGAAUCAAACUGGUUCUCGUCAGAACUAAUUAACAGGGUUACACUUCUUGGUUUCAGAGAUGUCUAGAAGCAUUUGUUUCUAAAGAAGGAAAUGAGCAAGGAAGCAUUUUUUUUUUUUUUAUUAAUCUGCAAUCUUACCAACAAUCUGUGAAACAGUUUUUAUUACCCAAGUUUGAAAUGACAAACACUACAGACAGUGUUUUGUAAUGUAUUGUAGGUUAUGUCCGUGUUUUUGGCCUUUCACUGGUUAUCUCCAAGUUUAGCUCUGUGCCAUGUUGUGUGAGGGCGGUUUGUUGGGGUUUACAGGAUGAUGUUGGUAACGUCACCUGUGCAUAAUGUGCCUACGUUGUCCCGACUGUGGAUGUAACAUGGAAAAAAAAAACUUCACUUGAGUGAAGUGAGAUUGUAACCGUGCAAGCAGCGGUGUCUAAAGGUUGACCACUCAGGCUGCGGAGAGAACAAGUCGCUGUUUGAGUCUAACCGCUGUCCAAAACAAAGGCUGGUGCUCCCUCUUGUGGUAAAAACUAAUCAUGACGCACACACACAUCAUCCAUCCUUUGUUUUAUUGUUUGGUAGUUUAGAUGGUUUGUUACUAACCCUACACCAGUGUUGGAAGCCAACUUUUUCUUUUUGUUUUUGGGUCAAAUCAUACGGUCAUUGUUUCCACCUUUAUCAGGUAUUUCCCCCCCACACACACACACACUCUCGUUAAUGGGGUUACACAGUGAUCUACACACCCUGAUUGCUCCAAGAUCAUGUUUGUUUUUAAAGGUGUCACACCAAGACGUUAACUAUUUAUUCUUUGACAUACUUUUGAAAUUACUGAAGCAAAGGCUUAGUUGAUUGACCAUCUGUGUAUUGUUUGAGUUACACGUGUGUAUUAAUGUUUUUUUUCUAAUUAAUGUUUUUUUGUAAUUAAAGAGUUUAAGUUGUAGAGAUUGUUUUUUUGUAACACACUAAAUGAAUAAUACUUUAACGCAGUGGGGUUUAAUUUAGGUUUAUUGAAAUGUAUUAACACUACAAUCUGUUAAAUGACAAUGUUUUAGCCAUCAUCUAAAUCAAUCAUGAAAAUAAAUGAACUGUGAGAAUAGCAA